CGCCUUCAUGCCGCUCUGCGGUUCCAACGUCCGCGUACAUCGCUAGCCACACGUAUGGCGAAGGCAGGCUUCUACGCAGUCGCCAAAGGGCGCGUUCCUGGUAUAUACGCAUCCUGGGAUGACUGUGAAGAACAAGUAAAGGGAUUCAAUGGCGCCAAGUAUAAAAAGUUCAGGACGCUGCGCGAGGCGGAGCAGUUCGUUGGCAUCCCUAGUACGGCUUCUACGUCGACCUCGAUAACGUCUCCGUCUCGUAGUAUUUCUCGUUUUGAUCCUGUCCAGAGAGCGGUGGGUAUGUCUGAGGAUUCGAAGACCAACUCAAAACCGAACGUCUCGCCGGAAGAUGCUGAGAGCGAAGAGGGGUAUGAUGUCGUUUAUGCGGAUGGCGCAUGCAAAGGAAAUGGUCAGGUUGGCAGUGUUGCGGGUGUUGGAGUCUGGUGGGGACAUAAUGAUCCAAGGAAUAUUGCGGAACGAUGUCCUGGCGCCCAGACGAAUAACAGAGCAGAACUCAUUGCAAUCGUCCGCGUCCUCGAACAAACUCCCCCAUCCGGUCGUCCACUCAUGAUCAAGACAGAUUCCACCUACUCCAUCAAAUGCCUCAGAGAAUGGCACCAAUCCUGGGACCUCAACGGCUGGAAAACGAAAUCCGGUAAACCCGUCCUAAACGCAGGCAUCAUUCGCUACCUCCUCUCCCUCCUCUCCCUCCGCCACUUCCAAGGCUCGAAAGUGAAAUUCGUGUACGUUAAAGGCCAUGCUGGGAUUGAAGGGAACGAAGGUGCAGAUAGACAGGCGAAUUUGGGUACGCUUCUCCCCAAGGUCGAAGAACUUGAUUGGGAUAAGAAGCGUGAGAAGGUGGAGAAGGAGAUUGAAGAGCUUGAGCUGGGUGUUGAGGUUAACGACAAGGUACUUGUCUUCUAUAUAUCUAUUGCUUGAUUAUCCAUCGCGACGUCUGUUAUCUGUAGGCCGUACAAGUGACGCCCGUAAUGGACGAGGACGACGAGCUCUGGAAAAACGUAGGAGAUCUAGACGUCGACGUCUUGGAAGAAGAAGAAUCGCAGGUCUCCGCCGUCUCCACCAUCCAAUCGGCUUCUGAGACUGAGACUGAGCAUGCUCCUGCUUCUGUUCCUGAGGCGAAGACCGACGAAUCCGAGACUUCCGCCGAAUCUUCUCAACAUACAGAUGUUUCCCACCCUAAACAAAACGAGCCUGCUACGCAAGAAAGUACCGUUGUACCUGAUAGUGACGACUAUAGCAUUGACGACUUGUUAAGCCCAGACGAGCUCGAAGCAGAGUUAGCUAAUGCAUAGUGCUAAAGAAAGUCAGAAAGAAA